AUUUCCAAGUGGUGAAUUUGGUGACCAGAUCGACGAGAGUUGACAGGAGGAGGUGAGAGCUUAGCCAACAAGCCCCAGAAUCCCUUCAAUUCAAUUCCUUCCCCCAUCUUGUCGACAAGAACCUGAAGAAUAUAAUGUGCUACUAGCUUCAUCACUGAUCUAGCUAGAUUAUUCCCAGCAGCUAUUCCAAAAUUCCAUCCAUCUCCAGAGCUCCAAUGGAUACCACCACUGCAACAGCCAUAUGCUGCUCGCAUCCACGUAUAAGUACACCUCUCCCCAUGGCCACCAUUGAGACACACUACCACUGCUACUCUCUCCAUCAGUCCACAAAGAGGAAGGUGGAGGAAGAAGACCUGCAAGGUGAGAGGAGGCCAAUGGUGAAGUUCUCCAAGCAGUUCGAGGGCCAGCUUGUGCCCGAAUGGAAGGACGCCUUCGUGGACUACUGGCAGCUCAAGAAGGACAUCAAGAGGCUGCAGGCUGCGGAGGCGGAGGCGGCCGGGGUGGCGGCGACGACGCCGCUGUCGCAGUGCCAGGCGCCGGUGGCGGCGGCUCACUGGGUCAUGAGGCUGCCGUUCUUGCACCCCCAUGGACACCACCACAAGGAGCAUGGUGCCAUCCAGGUGCAUAGGAAGCUGGCCAGCGGCGGAGGCGGCGGCGGCGGCGCGGUGGCCGGAGAGGUGUACGAAACGGAGCUCGUGGACGGCGGCGCCGGGUUCGCGGACGGCGAGGCGGCGAGGGCCUUCUUCGCGAGGCUGGACGAGCAGCUCAACAAGGUGAACCGCUUCUACGAGCGGAAGGAGGCCGAGUUCGUGGAGCGCGGCGAGUCGCUCCGCCGCCAGCUGCAGAUCCUCGCCGAGCUCCGGGCCGCCGUCGUCGCCGAGCAGCAGCGCGACGGGCGCCGCCGCCGAUGCGGCAACGGCGGCGACUCCUCGCCGCCGGACACGGAGGAUCCCUCCGUCUCCUGCUCCAUCCUCCACGGAGAUCAGUCCCUCAGAGGCACUUCUGAGCAAGAACAGGAAGGCCAGGAAAAGCUCACCAAAGACAUGAUUGCAAGGAGCCCUGACGAAGGAGACGAUGAUCAGCUCACCAUCCCUCAAGAAUUGGGCGAUUCAGGGAGGCUUGGCAGGCCAAGAGAAGAAGCCGCCAACACCAGGCCGAGGACGACGCUCCCAGGAGGCAGGGCGGUCACCUGCCAAGGCAGAAGCGUCAGGAUCAACAUCCCGGUGACCACGCCGACGAGGACCGUCACCGCCAUCCGUGAGCUUCUGUUCGACGACAUGCUAAGCCAGUCGAGGAGGAGCGGUAGCGCCAACGGUACAAAAUGCGGCGACAAGCUGAGCAUCAACAAGAGGAAGGUGCAUCAGGCAGAGAAGAUGAUAAGGGGUGCCCUGAUUGAGCUGUACAAGGGAUUGGGGUAUCUCAAGACAUACCGGAGCUUAAACAUGAUGGCGUUUGUGAAGAUUUUGAAGAAAUUUGACAAGGUUACAGCAAAGGAAGCUCAGUCAAUAUACCUUAAAGUAGUGGAGAGCUCCUACUUCAAUGUCUCUGACAAGGUAAUUAGGCUAAUGGACGAUGUGGAUGAGCUGUUUGUGAGGCAUUUUGCAGAAGGUGACAAACGGAAAGCAAUGAAGUAUCUUAAGCCAAAUCAGAGGGAAGAAUCACACACCACAACAUUUUUCAUAGGGCUAUUCACUGGUGGCUUUGCAGCAUUAUUCAUUGGUUAUUGUAUCAUGGCACACAUUGCUGGGAUGUACACCCAGCAGUCAAACAAGGUCUACAUGGCAACAUCAUAUCCUGUCCUGAGCAUGUUCAGCCUCUUCUUUCUGCAUCUCUUCCUCUACGGAUGCAACAUCUUCAUGUGGAGAAAGACACGCAUAAACUACACAUUCAUAUUUGAAUUCACGCCUACCAAAGAGCUGAAGUAUCGUGAUGUGUUCCUGAUUUGCACUACUUCCAUGACAAUUGUCAUUGGUGUUAUGUUUGCACACCUGACACUCAUUGUCAAAGGGUAUUCGUCAUGUGCAGUCCAAGCAAUACCAGGAGCUCUACUUCUGGUUUUCUUGCUAAUAUUGGUCUGCCCUUUCAACAUACUCUACCGAUCAUGUCGUUACCACUUCCUAACAGUGAUCAGAAACAUCAUUCUAACCCCUUUCUACAAGGUUGUCAUGGUUGAUUUCUUCAUGGCUGAUCAGCUUUGCAGCCAGGUACCACUGCUUAGGAGCCUAGAGUAUCUGGCGUGCUAUUACAUAACCAGCAGCUACAAGACACAAGACUAUGGCUACUGCACCAGAGUGAAGCACUUUAGAGAUUUGGCUUAUGCAGUAUCCUUCCUACCUUACUACUGGAGGGCCAUGCAGUGCGCAAGGAGAUGGUUUGACGAGGGGGACAUAAAUCACAUUGUCAACCUUGGGAAGUAUGUGUCAGCAAUGCUUGCUGCUGGAACAAAAGUGGCAUACGAGAAUGAUAACAGUGCUGGAUGGCUGUCACUUGUUGUCAUUGUGUCGAGUCUCGCCACUAUCUACCAACUAUACUGGGACUUUGUCAAGGAUUGGGGUCUUCUGCAGUUUAACUCCAAGAACCCUUGGCUCCGUAAUGAUCUGAUACUCAAACAAAAGUACAUCUAUUUCCUUUCCAUGGGUCUGAACCUUAUCUUGAGGCUGGCAUGGCUUCAGACCGUCAUCCACCCUAACAUCGGAAGCCUGGAUUCCAGAGUAACUUUGUUCAUCUUGGCAGCUCUUGAGGUGAUUCGACGAGGCCACUGGAACUUCUACAGGUUGGAAAACGAGCACCUAAACAAUGCAGGGAAAUUCAGAGCUGUGAAGGUUGUUCCACUUCCUUUUCAUGAAGUGGAAGAGGACUAACAAAAUAGGGCAUCAUCAUCAUCAUUGCAGCAGAUUCUAGGGAUUCAGAACUCUAAGCAGUUCAGAUGUAACACCAACUAAUGUUAGAAAGCCUGCACUACCCUAUUAUGAUUCAAUUAAAUUUUUUGGUGUGAGGAAUAAUGGGCAUUUAACAUGUUCAGUUUGGAGAAGAUACAAGCAAAAGGCAAACACUAUAUAGAUGUAGAAUACAGGGGUUCCAAUUAGUUUACCAAGAUCGAAUACUAAUCUCGUGGAGUUGAAGCGAAUUCACUUGUGGAAAAAUCCAAUCAAUCACAAUUGUUCUUUUGGCCACUACAUCCAUUUUGUAAUUUGGCUUGCUGGAAAUGUAAUUUUAUCUAGUUAAUGGUUGGAUGUUUGUUCAUCCAUAAAAUUA